UGUGUUAGGUAGACCAUGAAGAUCCAGAUGAAAAAUGUCAAAUGACUGGUCUCGUCAGUGUGUCUUCAGCAGAGCCAGAUCAAGCUUAGGUGUGGGCGUUAAUGAAGAGCUCCUGGUAGCGGAAUAUCACAAAAAAAUCAAAGAGGCUUUUGAAGUGUUCGACCAUGAGUCAAAUAAUACAGUGGAUGUGAGAGAGAUUGGAACAAUUAUCAGGUCAUUAGGAUGCUGCCCUAGUGAAAGAGAGCUACAUGAUCUGAUUGCAGAGGUGGAAGAAGAAGAGCCCACUGGAUACAUUCGAUAUGAAAAGUUUCUUCCAGUAAUGACCCAAGUACUACUGGAAAAAAGGUACAGACCUGUUCCAGAAGAUGUCCUUCUUCGAGCUUUUGAGGUAUUAGAUCCAAAUAAACUUGGAUUUAUUCCUAAGGAAGAACUGAUCAAGUUCAUGACUGAAGAAGGUGAGCCCUUUUCUCAAGAGGAAAUGGAAGAAAUGUUGUCUGCUGCAAUUGGUCCAGAACACACUUCAAUUCAUUACAAAGAAUAUAUAGCAAUGAUGGUAAUAGAUGAAAAUUAAAUGCUCUCCAGACUUAAUUCCUAAUUGGAAGAAUAAUUUAAAAACCACUUGCCAGUGCUAACUUCACGUUUUCAUAACUCCUACAUGUGACAAUGCCUCAUGAUCAUUAUUUCAAAAUACUUUGUUUUGAAAAGAUGAUCAAACCAAUUUAAAACAUCUAUUUUUAAUGAUGAGGUAUAAAUAGUCAACUAAAGGCCCUCUAGCCUCCUGGAAUGACAAGUAACUAUUUUCAAACUCUUCUUAAAACAUUUUAACAUUAACUGUGCAUUGUUGCUCAUUUUCUGUAAUAAAAUCAGGUUGCCUUAGACUAACUGAGC